AGAGGAGCGCUCAGAAAAGCACUUGAUUUGAACUGAAAUGACCUUAAGCUUUCGUGCAGGCACAAGGAUGGUGAGACUGCCCAUGGCCAUGAGCCCUCCUCCGUGCUCCUGGGGCUGAGGCUGGGGCUGGCAGCCAUGGGGCUGGGUCGGGCCCAGGCCUGGCUGUUGGAUCUGCCCAUGGCCGUGGUCUAUGGCUCCCUGGCCCUCUUCACCUCCAUCCUGCACAAUGUGUUCCUGCUCUACUAUGUGGACACCUUUGUCUCAGUGUACAAGAUCAACAAAACGGCCUUCUGGGUUGGAGAGACGGUGUUUCUCCUCUGGAACAGCCUCAAUGACCCCCUCUUCGGCUGGAUCAGUGACCGGCAGUUCCUCAGCUCCCAGCCCUGCUCAGGCACCGGACUGUCUUCGAGGGCUGUGGUGCUAGCACGGGUACGGGCACUGGGAUGGCAUGGGCCGCUGCUGGCGCUGUCCUUCCUGGCAUUUUGGGUUCCCUGGGCCCCAGCUGGUCUGCAGUUCUUGCUGUGCCUGUGCCUCUACGAUGGCUUCCUGACACUCGUGGACCUGCACCAUCAUGCCUUGCUGGCCGACCUGGCUCUCUCGUCCCAUGACCGCACCCACCUCAACUUCCACUGCUCCCUCUUCAGUGCCGCUGGCUCCCUCUCUGUCUUUGCCUCCUAUGCCUUUUGGAACAAGGAAGACUUCUCCUCCUUCCGUGCCUUCUGCGUGGCACUGGCUGCCGGAUCUGGGCUGGGCUUUCUGGGGGCCACGCAACUGCUGAGGCGGCAGGUUGAGGCGGCCAGGGGGGACCCAGGGUGCUCAGCCCUGGCCGUGGAUGGAGGCCUGUGUGGAAAGGAGCUGCUUGUGGGCAGCGAGGAAGCGGGCAGCAUCACCUUGGGCCAAUACCUCCAGCAGCUGGCACGCCACCGGAACUUUCUGUGGUUCGUGGGCAUGGACCUGGUGCAGGUAUGGAGAGCAGUCAGUCCCCCCGCACACCACCAUGGCUGGGCUAUUCUUUGCUCAAGGAGACAGGUUUCUCAAGAGCUGGGAACUCAGCUCUGGGCCACGCGUGAGGACUGCUAGGUGAUUCGAUGUCAGGAACGUAGGUUGGGUCGUUAGGAGACCUGGAUUCUAGCGCCGUCUGAACUCUUCACCCCCCCAUGUGACCUUAGGCAGGACUCAGCCUCUCUGGGCAGCCCUGUCCUCACCUAUAAAGUGAGGACAUGCAAGAGAGAUGGUACUGAGGGCACCUGUAAGCUACUGACCUUGGUGAUCACUGACCUGGUUGACGAGGACCUGGUGCUCAACCAUCGCAAGCAGGCGGCCUCGGCGCUCCUCUUUGGCAUGGUUGCCCUGGUGACCAAACCAGGCCAGACCUUUGCCCCGCUGCUGGGCACCUGGCUGCUCUGCUUCUACACAGGUCAUGACCUCUUCCAGCACCCACCAAUGAUCCCUGUGGGGAGUGCCCGGCCCUGGCCCGAGCCCCCAGCCCCGGCCCCAGCACAGGCCCCAGCACUCCGCCAGGGCUGCUUCUACCUGCUGGUGCUGGUGCCCAUCACCUGUGCUCUGCUGCAGCUCUUUACCUGGUCCCAGUUCACGUUGCAUGGGAGACGCCUGAACAUGGUCAAGGCCCAGCGCCAGAACUUGUCACAGGCUCAAAGCCUGAACGUUAAGAUGGUGUGAGAGGGCAGCUAGGCCACCCUGCUGAAGAUACUGCCCACAGCCAGGGCAGGGGCCACUUUUGCCUGCUGUUAUCCUGCUCUUCCACCUUCCUCAGAUGCAGUCUGGAGGACAGGUGGCAGGAUUGGGGGUAAGCUCCUGGGGCUGAGCCAGGACUGUCACUGAGGUCUGAGUCCCUGCUUAGCUGUCUGGCCCAGCUUGGGCCAGGGCUGUCAUAUGUGCUCAGGGACCUGCUUCCCUUGUGGGGCAGGAGGGAAGAAGAGGACCAAGAAGGGAUGGAGCCUCCUUGCAGUACACAUAGGGUUGCUGUGGGGCAUGGAGGCCUGUCCCACUGCCUGGCUAGGGCUGGCCACUCUGGUGGGCUCAGAAACCACUUCUGAUACUGCAACUUCUCCCUUUUGCUCAGUCAGGAGAAGCUGACUGGAAGUCCCACCUGUCCCCUCCUUCUGCCUUCUAGUGGUUUCUCUAAGAGGGUUUUGCUUCAGCUGUGCUUGAAGUGGCAUGCCCCCUCUGCUGCAGGGCUCCCCCUGCCCAACCCACCAGGCCUCUAAAGCGAUUCAUUUUGUAGACUGAUUAAAGUCAGUCAUUCGUAUUCCU